AUGGUACCAGCAGCUUCUACAUCGCCGACUCAAUUAACUCAAAAAGCUUUUAAUGCUUGUGAAUAUGCUCGUGAAUUAAAGCGUAAUAAUUUAGCAGAUAUUAUUCGUCAACGAUCAAGACUUCCAUCAUUGAAACAACGGUUUGCUCGUAUGUUGCAAUGCAAUGAUGUUCGCCGUUGUGAUACAUUUAUACAGCGUCUUCGCAAUGAAACUAGACAACGCAGUUUAGCUAAAGAUGGUCUAUUUUUUGCAGCACAAAUCGGUUCCAUACGUCUAUUAGACUAUUUUUUAACACAUUGGAAAAUCGAUAUUAAUACACAACAGUCAAGUAAUGACCAUUUCAUAACAACACCUUUAUUAACAGCUAUAACAUAUAAUCAAAGCGAAGCCGCAAAAUUUUUAUUAUUUCGUCAUGCCGACCCCAGUGUAAAAGGGCAAUAUGAUAAUGCACUUGUUACUGCAUUUCACUAUCAAUCAAGUAACGAUUUAAUACGUUUACUACUUGAUAAAAAUGUUGAUUUAACAGCUAAACAUCCCGAUUAUACAAAAUUAAGUUUACGAGAAUACUGUGUAUUAACAAAUCGUAUAAGAGCUAAAACUGAACUUGAUUCCUAUAUAGUACGUUUAAUUAACAAUGGAAAUUAUAAAAGAUUAAAAUGGCUUGUUGACCAUGGUUAUAAACAUAUUAAUGUACAUGUUAGUUUCAAGCGAAAUGGACGGCAAUUAGCUAAAGAAAGAUAUUAUGAAAGAAUUGUGAAACUAAUCGAUGACGUGGAAAAUUCAAAGACGAAAGCAAGAAAAAAAAUGAAUUAUUAA